UGAGCGUGUGAAUAUGAAUUCCUGUCCAUUUAAUGUCUGGUAACAGCUUCCGUCUGUGAUGACGUCUCUCCCGAUGGCGUGUGGUGGUAAUAGGCCACGCUGUUACGCCGGAUGGGUUCCCCGCUGUAAGAAGAGAGUAUUGACUGCAUAGGAGAGGAAAGGGUUAAACAUCUGGGGAGGGGUGGACCUAGCUGUAAGGAAAGUUCAGCCUUUAAGGGGGAGGGCUUGAUAUAUAUAAGGAAGGUGAAGCCAUUUUAAGUCUCUUGGUGACUCGGUUUCGGUUUGGUGAGUGCUGCAGUGUCAGCAAAAAAAAAAAAAAAAAAAAACUUUGUUUCCCUUGUCUCUUGCUUGUUUAUUCAUCUGUGGCUGCUCUCCCCCCCCCCUAUCUAUACCUAUAACCUGGUCUGCCUGCUGACAUGGCUGCUAGGCCCCGGCGAGUGUUGAGGGCCCCGGCUCGUUUCAGCUCGGAUGUCCGAGCGGGCCCUGAGGAGGCUGUGGGUGGCCUGAGGGACGGGGCUCCGUCCUCUAGGGCCUCUACACCUACGGCCGUAGGCAGCGGGGGCCGGGCGGGAUCGCCGCCGGGGGCCAGGAGCAUUUCGGCAGGACGAGGGCGGCGUGGGGGACCGGUCGUCCCUUCAAACCACCCAAGGACCAGCGGGCGGCGGCCGUCCCCUCCGGGAGCCGCCGUACCCGGGAGCAGAUCGGGCGCCCGCGGGCGCGCGCAUGCGUGCUACGGUGAGCGCCCGGCAGCGGCAGGAAACACCUCUCCUUCCUCGCCGCGGCCGAGGGUUAGUGCCGGGCGAGGGGAGAGGGCGGGUGCGAGAGCAGGCGGUCGCCGCGCGGGGCCUCUGCAGGAGGCCCGCGCGGCGGCCGAGGAGGAAGAACAUGGCGGGAGGCCGUGUGCGGGAGGACGUGGGACGCGCGCCCGAGGCGCGCGCGCGCCCACGCUCGUUCCGCAAGCUGCAGGCCGCGCACGUGCGCGCGCAGCAGGGCUCCCUGCAGACAUAUCAACCUCUCCUUCUCCCCGUAUGCCGGCAAACGGCAGGGGGAGGGAGCACAUGAGGGGGGUGCAGCGUAUGCCUCAAGUAGGCAACGCUGGGCGCAUGGUGGCGACAAGGGGCAGUAGGGGCGCAACACCAGCGGCAAGGGAUGGCCGGGGCCAGCGGGCAGGUGCGCCCGCCGCGGGCCCGGUGGCACGCGGGAGAGCACGCACGGGGGGGCAGCAGUUCCCCGUGGAUACCGCGGAUCACAGCAGGCCCCGCGGCAGGAAGGAAGACAGGGAGUGGGUCAGCGGCCGCAGGGCCGCGGCACGGACCGCUGAGCCCGCAGUGGGUCCUCCGCGGGGUCAGGGGAUUUUUCUGUUUCCCCAGACAGGGAGGAAGCAGGCUCUGAAAUGGAGAGUGGCGGAGCCGUCAGAGGUGCCCUUGAUUUCGGUUUAGAGCACGACGAGCAGGAUCCCCGGGGCGCAUCAAGCAGUCAGCGGGCGCGGGCUCGCGCCCAACCAAGGACCGGCCACCCAUCGGGCGGCGGUUCCGCGCGUCGCCCCGCGCGGGAUGGGGAUCAGUUUGCGGGACGCAAGGGGUCUGGCGACCGUAGAGCAUCAGCGGCACGGCGAAUAGCACGGGCCUGCCGAGAGCUGGGGGCCGCCGCGGCGGAGCUGGAACUAGGACCAGGAAGGGAGCGGGGGCGCACAGUCACCGCGCAUUCCGCACGGGGUGCCCGGCGUGCGCCACAAGCGUGGGCCGGGCCCUCUUCUUCUUUUUUGUCUUCCACAGAGGGCCGAAGUGAAAGAGAUGAGGCGGACUCCGUGGCGGAUGAGGAUUGGCUGGAGGAUUACGAAGGAUCCGGGUCGGAGAGGUCGAUAGCAUCCGGUGAUCGGGCCGGAUUGGAAGGUCUAGCGUUGCGGUCGGUAGCGCCGGCCACGCUCAAGGUGUACGGACAAGCGUGGAGCGAGUGGGAGGCGUUUGUUCAGAGUCGUCAACAUCAAGGUAAGAGCAAGCAUCGGCUGAUGCUCUCUUUUAUGUGGCAGCUCUACGUUUCUGGUAGGUCGCGAGCGGUGGUGGCCCGGUACUUGGCUGGCGUCUCAUUCUUUUGCAAGCUGCGAGGCAUCUCGGAUGUAACGAAAAGCGAGGUUUUGCGGAAGGCUAUGAAAGGGUGGGCGCGAGUUGCGCCGACGCCGCCGGAUAGGAGGCGGCCCAUCGAUGCGGCUUUGUUGCCGGCCGUCAUCGAGGCGGUGGGGCGAGUAGCGUCGUCCAGGUUUGAGGCGCUUUUGUUCCGUUUAGCCUUCUCUAUGGCUUACCACGGGGCUUUUCGAGUUUCUGAGUUGGUAGCGCCUUCCAAGAGGUCGGAAUCGCGCAUGCUGGUCGGGGACGUGGUAGUGGGUGAGAGGUCCUUGCUGUGCAGAUUACGGCGAUCCAAGACGGAUCAAGUGGGGAGAGGGCGCUGGGUUACGAUGGUUCCAGCGCUAGAAGUAAGUGUUUGCCCAGUGGGUUUGGCAAGGCAAUAUCUGGGAGUACGACCCGCUAAGGAGGGGUCAUGGCUAUUGCACUAUGACGGGCUGCCAGUCACAAAAUACCAGUUCCGGUGGAUGCUGGGUCGCUGUCUGACGGGCUUGGGCCUCUCGCCUGCUGCUUUCGGUACCCAUUCCUUUCGGAUAGGCGCGGCGACGUCGGCAGCUGCGGCGGGUUUCUCCAGAACUGAGAUCCAGGCGGUGGGGCGAUGGAAGUCGUCCAGUUAUAAGCGAUAUAUUCGCCCUGUCACUUGAGAGGGCGCCCGGCGCUGGGGGCAUUGUUAAUUGCAAUUCGUUAUGCUGUUUCAGUUCUGUGUUUUCAUGAAGUUGUGCGUUUGUUAUGUUUGUUCCCCCGUUUUGUUAUCCUACUCAGGGAUUAGCUACUCGCCGUUGCUGGCAUGAGUCGGCAGCGGGGGUCUGGAGUUAUUUGCGAUUUUUUGCCUGACUUGACGGACUGAAUUCUAAUCUAUAAUUCGGCUAAUUUGGUCUAAUCAGAGUCCCUCAGCAGGUCUUUACGUUCACCUCCAGCUGAGUUAUUACAUGUGUUUCCCAUUUUAUACCCCCCCUCCCCUCCCCCCCCCCUUUUUUAUUUCGUUUGUUUUAUUUGAUCUUUCCCCUUUGUGUCUUUAAUUGCGCUUUAAAUUGGCAACGGAACAUGGUGCAGUCGGCUAGGCCGUGACUGCUGCAAUGGCGAGAUCUAAAGUUUUUCUUUUUUGGCAGAUCCUUCAGUAUAAACAUUAAAUAAGCCUCUUAGUAAUCAAUUCUACCCCUCUUUUUCCCUUCAGGAUGGUUCGAAGACUGUUUGCCCAUUUGGGUGGUUGGCCACUCUUACAUUUACUGGGCGGCCAGGUUUGUGGCCUCGGAAGGGUCUCAGGCAUUGUUUGGAACUCAGGGUGUCAGAUGGCUCGGCUGGCGAGGAAUGAUGUGGGGUGAGCUGAGGAGUAGGUUAGUGAGUCAGGCCAGAGAGCAUGGAGUCCCUAGGGUUUUGGUUGUCCAUCUAGGUGGCAACGACUUGGGGAAGAGGACAUCCUUGGAGCUGCGGUGGGCCAUGAUACAGGAUCUGGCAAGUGUGACCGCGCAAUGGACCAAUUGUUUGUUGGUUUUUUCCAUGAUGGUGCCGAGAUUGUGUUGGAGGGGUGUGGCGGAUGGUCGCCGGAUUGAUGAGGCCCGGAAAAAGGUGAACGGAGCUGUGGCAAAGUGGGUGCUGUCCCACGGUGGGAGGGUGGUUCGCCACCCGAGGAUACGGUUCAGAGACAGCCACCUUUUCCGGCGCGAUGGAGUACAUCUAUCCAAUGAGGGGAUGAUGUUGUUUCUGGAGGAUCUAGGUUUCGCUUUGCAGGAGUUAGGGUAGGUUUAUGGUGGCGGUGCGAAAGAUUUUGGGGAUGAGUCUUUCGCUGUUGGCGGAAAAGAACGGCAGUUUCGUAUGGUAGAGAAAACUGUAGUGUUUUACAGUUUGUUGUGGUUUAGGUGCACUCACCUCCAUCGACUUAUGGCCGCUUGACCACCCAUCCGGGAAGGCAGCGGCAGGGCACCCAGGAGCGGUGGGUAGUCACUGUGGGGGUUGAGUUGUCACCUAUUACCGGUUUAUGGUAAGCUUUUAGUUAAUUUAUAGGAUUCAGUUAUUUAAGUUAAUUUAGAUUAAGGAGCCGUUCUUUUGGGCCGCCACCAUAUGCCAGCUGGAGCGGCAUAUUAAAUUAAUCUCUUUUAUUACAGGUUUCCCAAUGGUUAGGGACAAAUAAAUAGCUAGCAAUUUUCUGCCAAAUUCAAGUCUCAGUGUCGUUAUUUCUGGUUAUGGUUAUGAAUGCUUUACUUUCAAAGAAAGGGGUCCACCAAUUA